AGGAUAUAGAGCAGAAUGAUCAUCGUUUACAUUUUUUGAGGGUCAUCUAUGGUCAUCGACUUUGGAUUGUGACGAAUUCCAGUCAAUCUUUUUCAUACGUGAUCGCCGUGUGUUACGACCUUCAUCAGGAUGAACGUUGGUCCCUUCAUUCUGUGUGACCCAGAUAUAUCGCGCAAAUUAACUUGUUGGAAGGACUUCUUGUGACUAUUGGAUGUCUUAUCAAAUCGUGGUUCGAGAUCUAGUUUGGUUAUUUUCGUGGGCUUUAUGAUCACCAUUUGCCUAUUCUGAGAUUAAGACAGGUGUUUGGCCUCAUUUCUUUUUCCUUGCUCGUGUUUGAAGUCGUAAUGAUAUGUCUGGUGUCUACUAGCUUUUCAUUCAGGCAACUGAAAGGCUUAUCUUGUUACUUUCAGAUUUUAACCAAGAUAUACCAGCCAAGUAAAAGAGAAGACCACGAGAAGAAGCUCGAUGAGGCUUGAUGACGUUCGAUAACAACAAUCGGCCGCCAAAGCCUCAACACUAGCCGCAUACGAAAUUCGCAGAGCAACUCCAACUUGGUUACAUUGAACGCGCGAAAGCCAGCUUAUGUUAUAAUUGUGACAAAAACAAGUUGUGUCGAGUUGAUUUUGUUACCGCAAAACCGUUCAAUUGUAUAACGCGAGCGCAAGGGAUAACCGCAAAGAUCGUAGCGGGUGCUUUAACAUACUUCACGCGAAAUCAUUACCGCUUUGCGCUUUGGCCUGAAUCUAUCUGCUUUGUUGCUAAACAUGCUUCACCUGUUAUGUAAGUCAUUAUGCUUAAACAAUAUCAUUGCACGAUAUCCAGCACAGGGGUUGUCAAGAUUGCAAUUGAUGUGACUGUCGUUGUUUUUUGGGGAGCACCUGAAACUUAACUGUAAAACACGAACUGAAAGAUAGUUGUUUAAAUUCUAGAUUAACGAGAAUGGUUUAAAAAUUGUUGUGGAAUAUCAUGACUUCGCCUUUGCUGAAUAUAGCUGUUCUUUAAAUUUGGAAACUCCCAAUAUCGUUUAUCUCCUUGAUCCUGGAGUAAAAUAGCCGUCUCUGUGAUUUCAGCCAAACCGACCACAACAACAACAACAACAACAACAUCAACGACGACCACAACUGCAGCUCCAACAACGACAAUAUCAUCAAAGUCCAAACCAAAUAUUUGUUGUUACUGCGAUUGUCCAAAGAAUGAGAUCCCGCCAUGGGCAAUGGUGGCUGCGACCGCCGCUGCAGCACUUCUCCCGCUCUGGGCUAUCGUCGGGGCCAUACUUUGCCGGAGAAAGAAGAAGGAUCCAGUAGCAGAGAUUAUGACUGAAGCAGUCCGGAGGAUCUCCAUCCACCCAAAACCAGCCAUGCCGAAGACGACAAAGUGGAAGCCAGCGGAUGUGUACCGGCACCAAGCUGACGCUUGGACAGGUGGGCGUGAGACGCCACCUGAACCUGAACUAGAACCAGAACCAGAACCAGAACCACCAAAGGCAGCAGGGAAAUCAAAGUGGAAAUGCAGCGAUGUGUACAAGAAGGACGCUGGGACAGAUAAAGGUGGCUCGGUCUUCAGCGGGACUGAAGAGACAUCGAACGCCAGUAGCCUCCUUGGGAAGCGUGAAGGCUCUAGCCUUACCACUGUGACAUCUCUCUCAGUGGAUGAGGACGACCCUCCGCCACCCUAUGUGCCUCCAAUGACACCGGGGACGAGCAAGGCCAGGCAACGAACCAUGCAAAAUAAGCCGCUUCCUCCAGUGCAGAGUUAAGUUUACUUUGGGCCGGGAGUGUAAAGACCUUUAAGAGACUCCUUGUUCGAGCUUUAACUAAGAAGUAUAUCAAUGACUUAGGACAGGCAUUGGCAGUAACGACAAGAGACAAGGAGGCAGUCAGAAACGCGUGCAUAGACCUUAGAAUAUUGCCUUCCGAUAUGAUCCGCGCCCCUAUCAAAGUCACAUUGCCACCAAAUCAAAUGUGAUGACUUUUAACCGUAGUACAUGUAGUGUGUUAUUGAUGUUUUAAAUCUUUAUGGACUGUGCGUGUGAGUGAUGUUUUGAUAUAGUUAUCAAGAAAUGAUGAUGAUAAUUUAGUGUUAAGUGUGGUAUGUUAGUGUAUUUGACCUUAUAACUUUGGAGCAAAGGCAACUUACCUCUGUUGUAUAAUCAUUUCAUCAACACGGCGGGUACAGGUUUGUUUUUUUUUAAAUUCUUACUUGGAAGAGAAAUGAAGACACAGAAGGAAAAGGACAACAGAUUAGUUGAUUUUGAGGUGCGAAAGGCACGCAUUUCUUUAUUUUUGUUGUUUUAGUGCCUUGUUUAUAUUGUGUUGCAAAGGUAGACCGAUCCCUUUCUUUACCAAGUGUGACUAAGUCACUCUAAAGAUUCAAAAUAUUGAAAUAAGUCUCUAUGUGUUUCCAUCAGAGAGCCUGUAUAAGAGAGAAUCUCCCUAAAAGAUCGAUAUGCGAAGAUGUUGACCAGUUUGUUUAAUAAACUAGAAUGAGCUGCAUACA